AUGCAAUCCAGGCUAUUCUCAGUUUCUUUUUCAUUACUACGUUCUUCUUCGUUGAAUUUACAUGUAAGUGAAGAGUGGCUGUUCUUAUCCUGACAUUUUUCCUUCAGAAAUCUCGGUGGCUGGUCUCUGGCGCCCCACAAACGUCACUUCUUCGACCAGCAUCUACAAAUUUGGAAAAGGGUAUUCAACGAGUCCCGAAUGUCCUUCCGCCUAAGAAAAAAAGUUAGUUUUCUUAUCAUUAAAUUGGAAAAAUUAGGAGAUUUCGGGAUUUAAUUAUAUAGUUACGAAUUAUUUAUAUAAGAUACACUACUAAAAGAAAAUUUUUAUCUAUUUUUAUGUCUUUUCUGUCGGAUCUGUAAUAUUUUCAUCCUUUCUUUUCAAUGAUUGUUUUUAUGCUAAGUGAAAAAAAAUGGCUCUCGAGGUAGCUUUUAAAAUUGAUUUCUCUGCGUUUCUGACUUCAAUGCGGCUUCUUUUGAAUAUUCUUUGCGUGAAUUUUGUGAGACUAGCCUCGAAAAACUUGGGAGCAAAACCGCCGACGCGGAACACUUUCGGCUUUUUUCGCGUCAGAAAAUGAAAAGAACGGCGAAGCGGCACAAAAUAGACGAAAGAUCGGGCCAACCGUUGGAAUUUUUCGGACAAUGCAAAAGAACACGCGACUGCCAUCUAACAACCGUUCUUUUUCUUUUCUUUUUUUUUGUUGACUUUCUCGGGAAAUACGAUCAGCGCACACUACUUUUUUCCCAACUACUUUAUUCGAUUUAUUAUAUUCUCAUUGAUAUUUUCGCUUUUCCACGAAAAAUUCUUUGGGGGCGUCACUUUGACUCAUCGCAUGUGUUUUUCGAAAAGCUGUUUUCACUCUCUGCCGAAUGUGUUAUUUUUCUCACCUUUCUUAGAAAUUCUUGAGCUAGACUAGUUGGCAUAAGUUAUUUACGAAAAAAGUGUAGAGUUUAUUUUUGUAUGAUUUUAGGGCCACGUCUAAAAAAAUCUCGUUCAACUUUCAGAAAGAAAAAAAAAGACGAGAAUCGAUCGAAAGAAAGUUUAACAAAAAGAAAAUGAAACAAAGUUUCUGUUGAGUUUUGCUUGAAUAGAUUCCAAUCAAUUUUCAGCUUUUUGCACUUCGUACUUUUAUCAUGAAAAAAUUUCUUAGCUGGAUUUCUCAAAAAACAUGUAAAUGACAUCCCUCAAGGUACCAAUUAUAAACUUCUAAUAGCCUAUCUAACUCUUACAUUCAUAAAAUAUAACUUCAUAAUGAAUUCAUUCAUUCAUUUCAUUUCAAGUGUUUAUUCGCCAUUCCGCAAUCUGCACGACAAAUACAAAAAAUAAUACAUCAAAACAAUCAAAUCAAUCAAAUAAAUCUAACAGCUGAUCUGUGGAAACGGCUGGAGGAAAAGAUUGCCUGUAUAGACGGUGCUAACCCCCAUUUGGUAUUUAAGUUUGUUCUUUGUUUUUUAAUAAGUUAGAAUUUUUCUAGAUUUUAGUUGGAUCUAAUGAUUUUAAAAACGAUGUGUUUGAUUCGAACCAUGAGGUGAGCAUAAUCUGAAACUUGCCGAUUUCGUAUUCAAUGAUAGUUUCUCUCUCCAGUUGGUUCCAAAUGGGUAUGACUCUAUGAUUUAGGAAGCGUUGUUUGAUCAAUGCAUCCAUUGGUUGAACAAGUCUCAUUCCAUUUCCUCUGAGUUGAUUAUUUCUACUCGAAUUCAUCAUUAAUUUAACAGGCGACUCACUCCAAAAAUAUCCAUGAAUGUAUUUAUGAACGCAACAAACAUCUUUAAAAAGUCUUCUAGUCCAUAACGUCGAUAGUUUCAGUUUGGCUAAUCUACUGCGAUAAUCCAAUUUCGGAUAUAAUCUUUUGGUAAAUUUUCUCUGAACUGAUUCUAGUUGAUUUAUAUCAUUCAAAUUUAGCGGGCACAUUAGUUCGGAUCCGUACUCAAUGAUAGAUAAGAUUUUGGCUUUGUAGCAUUUUAGAAAGUUAUUUUGAGAGAAAUGAAAACAACGAAAUAAAUUAUUUAUUAUUUUCAUACAUUUUUGUACUACUAUACUCACAUGGUGCCCCAUUUUCAGAUUACUCGUGAAGAAGAAUCCCAGGUCUCUGACAUUUUGUUUAGUGCAAAGAGUUUGAUCGUUAAUUUUGUAUGUACUGGGUUCUGUCUUUUUUCCAAACUGAACUAACAUGCACUUCUCAGGAGAUAUUGAUAGUUGACGGCCCUCUAACCAAACAUCUUUAAAAAGUCUUCUAGUCCAUAACGUCGAUAGUUUCAGUUUGGCUAAGUUAUUCAAAGAAUUUAUUUUUUUGUCCGUUACGGAUGAUCUUUUAAUUUCAAAUGACAGCACCAAGUCGAACGUACUUCAUAUACUAAAUAUUCAUAUUAUAACACCUUUAAGUAUUGAUAACUGUCACUGUAAACUUUUCAGUUUCCUAUCUGUAUAGACCAAGUUCUUACCAGAGUUCACCACAAAACAGACGUCUACGGUUUCAGUGUUAUCAAAUAUUCCAAGCAACAUAUCUCUGUUUCUUGGAACACAGGAUGUAAGACUGCCUCGAAAAAUAUCCAAAAUAGGACUUAUUCAAUCGUAUCUCAUCCAUUUAAUAGUAUAGCCCAUUGCGCGACAGUCUAUUUCGUGGUUACAUAAUUUCUACAAUGUACCUUGUCUCAUACUGCAAAAUUUUUUUUUGGCAUGUUUUUCCCAUUCUCAAAAUCUUUCAGAGGUUAACCUAGCGACCGCAAAGCCCCGCCCCUUUUCGCGAGGGAAAAAAGGCCAUUUUUUUGGUAUUCCGUCUUUGAUUGUUUCGUACAGCCGAUAGAAACAAUGAAAAGUGAUGAAAAUUUCAGCAUAAAUGUAGAAAAGGUUCCUCUUUCCGUUGAAAAGGUUUUCAGAUACUUUCCAUGUGUUUCAACGGAGUGUCGUACGGAAUAGUGAGGCGAGUUCGAAAAAUAAACUUAGUUUUGCGUUUUGAUAUUCAUGUAGGUCGCGGACAAAGUUGAUUUUUUGAAAACUACUUAUAAACAGUAAAUGCAGUUUUUUAAGCCGAAAAAAUAAUAAUUCUAUGUUCGCCGAAAAAAUUAAGAGGCGCGCAAAGUCAAAAAUUGUUUUCUCAAUUGUAAUGCAGUAUUGGAAGAUGUUUAUGCUUUUUUCAUAUUGAGAAAAACAUUGCUCAAAUAAUACUUGUUGACAACUACCAGCAAAUGUACUGUUUUUGAGUGGUAAAAAAAGGUGGAGAAUUUUUUUGGGAGUAAUUUUGAAACAUUUCCCGGUCGAAGACACGCGUUUUUUUCUUACUCAUUUAUAAGAGUUUUUUUAAUUUUCAAACAAAUAAAAGCAAUAAAAUCGAAAAAUUCAAGAUCGCCGAAAAAAAUUUUUCUCAACAAAAAAAGGUGAAUAAAAAGUAGGCGAAAUUACAUUUUUUUAUGGGAUUCAAAGAGCACUGUAGGCUGUAUUUGUGCAGUCACUGAGACGAAAGUGAUGGUAAAGUGGAAUUACAGCUCGUAAAACCUUCUCUUUUGGCUCCUGAAACCGUGCCGACCUUGCAAAUAAGGGUGCGCGCAGAUUGCAUGAGAAUUCGCAAAACCAAAAUUUCAGUGCAAAAAUUUUUGCUUUUCAAUUACUUUUAAAUAUUGUUUUCUCCUCUUAUUCUCAAUAUUUUUCGUUUUUCUUUUCUGUUUUCGCAUACUACAUGUUAAAUUCAUUAUUUUUAUAACAAAAACGAAGAGCUAGCUUGAGUUCGAAAAAUAGGUCUGUGGUCCCUAGGUUAACCACAUUCAGUAAUGAAUGAAAUCACAGAAAUUAUACAAUAAAAACCCUCUGAAAAUUGAGGAACCUUUUUUUCAAUAAACAUUCAAUUAAAUGUUUUGAAAAAUUUGAAAAAAAGUGGAUAAAAUGUGGAAUAUUGUCUGACAGCGUAUAUUUUAUUUCGAAAAAAAUUUCUCUAUCCUCUGAGGGUAAUGGUUUUCCAAACUCAUUUUUUAAAUUUAUCAUUAGAUCCCCUCACCGAAACUGCCGUGAUCUAAAGUCAUGCGCGUAAAAGUGGUGAGUGAAUUACAAAGAAGUUGUAAAUGACUCAAAUUUGAAAAAAAGUUUUCUCUUCUUUGUCAUGCUUAAACGACUUUUAUAGGUUUUUUUUUACAAAGGAAAGCCUAUUCCGACUUCUAGAACGCAAGUUUGAGCCACCAAUCCGUUUAUCAGAGGGAGGAUAAAAAGACUUUGAAAAGGCUUCGGAAAAGAAAGCAGCCUCGAGGGAUGAAUCUAGAUGUGCUGGUGUUUAUAUGUGCGUCGGGGCAAAUUAUGCCGAGGUCAUUGGGCCUCGCUCGCACCACGUGAUUCGCCGCGUUGGUGGCGUUCUCGUCGUUGUCCGACCCUCUUCUGGAUGCGGCGAACCUCUUCCGCCGGCUAUUCUCCUGCCUCCAGUUGUUUGUUGACGGACUCGCCGGCCACGAAAACAUGCGACGCACAUGGGCAGAGUCGCGCUCAAAUGUCGCCAACUAUUUCUCAAUGACGUUUCGAGGCUUCUUCAAACUUUAGCGAAACAUCUUAACGUCCAGAAAGACUUUCAUUUCUCAAUCAUCUUCGAGUUAGAGGGUUACGGCAUCAACCUAAUGAAUCGACGAAAAUACUCCAUAAAAAUGUUUGAAAACAGCUUUUUUUCUCAACAUUGAGCAAAAUGGCUUUUUUUUAGAGUUUUGCUUCUCUUAAAAAACAUGUUUUGAGAACUUUUUUUUUUCAAUAUUCUUCUCUAUACAAGCGUUUUAUUUAUAUCUAAGCAGUUAUGAGAUGAAAAUGGAAACGAAAUAAGCAGCCUUCCCAGUUUCGAAAGUUUUCUAUUAUCUCACUCACUUUUGCUCCGAAUCUGAUAAAUAAGUCAUUCAAAAUCACAAGAAACUAAACUUCAAACAUUUAUAUGUUUGUAUUCUCAUUGAGUCGGUGGAAAAGGGCCUCACUUCUCAGGACCCUUCAACACGAGCGGAAGUCCUGGCCAUGCACAUGUGACCCAAUACAAUUCUUCUCUUUUUUAGUUUCCCGACUCGCUUUAAAUAAAUACACUUUGUCUCGGCCAGCUGCCGGUUCAAGCCCUUUUUUUCACGCAACCUCCAAUCUUCUGUCGUCUUUUCUUUUAUUAUCUGGACAUUUUUUUCCUUUUUUUUAAACUCAUACGCAUUCACUUGUAUAUUUUUGAGGUUAAUUUUCAGACCCGCUGAAGUCAUUAUCAACCAUUUCUUGCUUUUUAGCUCUCUGUUCUCAUUUUUAAAUAACGUAACAUCUCUGACUCAUAACUAUCAUAUCCUCCUGAUUGCAAAAUUGAGAAAAAAAAAGUGAUUUUCUAGAUUCAGAAUUCGUUUUUUUUUAUCGAAAAAGUUCUCAGAAAUUGGAAAAGGACAACGAUUUCGGUUGGUAUGAUGACAUGAGCCGGGGGCACUAUCGGUGGCAGUUUUUUUGUAUGCGACAGCUCUUGUUGAUAGAGCGCCUUUUUUGAAUUUUCUUUAUCAUAUUGAUCUUUAGAUUGAUGUUUUCUUGUUUUUUGUUCUUUUUUUGACGUCUAACGACACGGGGAAAAACAAGGUCCAAAGGUUGUUUCCCCUUGAUAGGUGUUCCGAUUUGUAAUAAUUUUUCCGUUAACCUUAUCGAACUGCUGAAAUUUUUCUGCCUAAUGGUUUUACAAUAUUUUCCCAGCAAUCGAGAUCAUAAAAGGAAAUACGAAAUAAAAAAGUUUGAAAAAACCGAAAUUUUCUUCAUAUAUUUUUUUUCCAAUUGGAAAAAGUACUAACACGAAUUUUCAACAAUAUCAAUUUGUUCAUAACUACCUCAGAAGUAGGUUAAAAAAAUUCAAUGUACAAGAAGAUUUAAAAAAAUUUUUAAUGACUUCUAAUUGAUUUAAAGAAUCGGAAUUUCAAUGUUUUUUAUUCUUCUUGCUCCCGUUUUCAGUUAAUCUAUUUCACAGCAGCUCAGUUCAUUUUUUCUUCCGCCAGCUUUCUUUUUAGCUCAACGCAAAGUCCAUAUGCGUGCGUGUGUGUUUUUCGCGAAGCGAACGCUACGUAUUGUUUUUGAGGCAUUCGCUUAUUUGUUCGCUCAACUUCUUCUCAGCAACUACUGAUCAUUUAUAUUCUCUCAAGGUUUUCUUUUCGAUAGUUUUCAUUUGAAUAUAUCUUCCAAGUAUAAUCAAAUAGAAAAAAUGUAUUCUUAUGGGCCGGUUUCCGAGAAGCGUCCGGUCGAGAUUUGAUGAAAUGAAAUAUCGAUUUUUUGUGGCAGAAGUGCUGGAAAGGGGCUCCCUUUUAGAAAUGCAUGGAUUAUUCAGGAAUCGAUUACAACGAUUAUUAGAGACAGCCACUGGGCGUGGCCUAGAGUAGCGUAUAAAAACUUUUCGCCGCCGAUACAAGAGUCGAGUCUUUUCUUUGGCUCUUCAAAUAACGUUUUGAAGCGGGUAAUCUUUCCUUCUAUCAUCCAUCAGAUCAUUCAGAGUUUUUCAAAUAUCACAGAAAAAGUUAUUGGUAUUACAAACGGUUACUGUUGGAAUUUGAAUAUUCCGGACUGGAUUCUCGGGUUGGUCACAUUCUUAUAGAGUUAUAAUAUGUUAUUUAAGCCUGUUUACGAAACGAUUUCUUUUUUAACUUUUACGUCUCACUUCAUUUUGGUCCAUCAGGGGUUUCCUUUUCUCCACUUUCACUGGGAAUUUCCGUUUCUUGACGUCAUUUUCUCCUCGACUCCGUUCUUCGCGCAUCACGCGUUUUUGUUUUUUUUUUUGGCAAAGAGGGGCAUCGACUCCGCCUCUUCAGACUUUGUAUCAACUCUUGCUUUUUUCCACCUACUCUUAUUCAUUUUGCAGCAAAACGAAACGGUUGUUCAUGAAUAUAUUCACGACAUUGGUUAAAACAUGACAAGUUUGAUGCUCAACCCUUUUUUGGUCUUCUUUGCUUUCUGUGAGUGUUGUAGAGAAUUCAAAUGCGUUUGCUCAAAAGACUUUUUAGUUUUGAGUGAUUAGACUCCAGGACUGAUGAAAAGGAAAAGAGGCUUAUCUCUGUUGGGAAGAGUGUAUGAGCCGUUCUUUUAUUGUCUUAAAGUAAAAACGUUUAAAUGGACUUAUUUUCUUAUUUUAAGGGAACUGGCUCAAAUGGUUGUCGUUCUCGACAAUCCUGAUCGCUGGCGCGACCUACGUUGGCUAUCUUUUCACUCCCGACUGGCGCGAGAUCGUCGACAGUAAGCACUACUACAGUAACUGGAAGGUUGCUCUUUUUCUCUUUGCCGUGCGAAGUUGAGAUUCUGAAGAUCCGCGUGUAUCUCUCUUUGCCUUUCAACACGGCGAGUCGGUUGGUCGGUGGCCUGGCCAACCGAGAGAUCCCAGUUUGGCUGCGAGAGCCGUUCCUCGGGACUUUUGCUCGGGCUUACGAUUGCAACAUGGAAGAGGCCGUGGAGCCUGACCUCAAGGUCCCACUUUGUAUUUACUUCCAAUACUUUUUCUUUAGAGUUAUCCGUCGUUCGCUGCGUUUUUCAAUCGGAAGCUGAAGGAAUCUUCUAGGCCGAUAAGUGAAUCGCCGCUGGUAAGGCUAUCUUCCGAGCUGGAUCUUAGGUUUUGCUCAUUAGGUCUCCCCUGCCGACGGCAUCGUUCUUCAUUUCGGCAAGGUCGACGAGAACCGCAUAGAGUAUGUGAAAGGGCAUGACUACGACGUCGGUUCUUUCCUCGGAGAAGUUGAAAUGACGCAGAAGGUUGGUUGCGUUUCAAAUUCUUCAACUAGAAACUUCAAUCUUUUUUUGUUGUUUUAUUCUUCAGUUAAGAAUUUUGGUUGAAAGAAGGGCAUUUAAAGCUUUCUUUACAAUUUUUUUCCGUUUUUCUCAUUUAUGCAAAUUUGGUCAAGUUUCAACUCAAACUGCUGUCAGGCCAAGAAUAUGACGGUAACAAAAAAAUGAAAGGAUAGAAAAAUGUUUUUUUCUCAAAGAAGUUCUACUUUUUCUCAAUUUUCAAAAAUACUUUUUCAUUUUAUCCAAGUUAACUAGUAGGACAAAUUAAGUUAUUAGUCAUCGAAAAAAAGAAAAAGGAAAGUAAAAAAAGAGAAUGGAUAAUAGAAAAAAAGGAUAAAAUGUAUACAAAAUGCUCUUUUUGAGUAUAUUACUACUCGAAUGUUACAAUAAAGACGAAUAAAUCUGAUUCCAGUCAUUCUUUUGGCUGGUUGCCUAUGACGAUCCAAGUAAUCCGAAGGAAUUGCCGAUUAUCAAUGAUCUGUUUUAAGGACGAGUUGGACCUUUACCAAGUGGUUAUUUACCUUGCUCCUGGAAAUUACCACGCGUUCCAUUCCCCGGCUCGAUGGGUCGCCAACCAGUGCCGCCAUGUUCCCGGUCUCUUUUUUUUCUCUUUCUUCUUCGUUUCUUAUUUUUCGAAAACUGUUCUGGUUUCCAUAAGUUUCAACUCAUCCAAACGUCUUCCAGGACUUCUGCUUUCUGUGCGGCCGACGCUGCUCAGCCAUGUGCCUCACUUGUUCUGUUUGAACGAACGCGUCGUUCUGAACGGCUCCUGGCGCCAUGGGUUCUUCUCGAUGUCGGCUGUAGCCGCGACGAACGUCGGCGACAUCGUCAUCGAUGCUGUUCGUCAUCAGAAUCACGGAAAAAACACUCCAUUUUCUGUUUCAGGAGCCAUCUUUGCGCACUAAUAAGAUUCAGCGAAGGAAAAAGGCGGAAAAGAUGAUGAACACGGAAACGGAGAUUCACGCGCCGUUUCUUUCAGGAGAACGAGUAGGCGAAUUCCGUCUUGGCUCCACUAUUGUUUUGGUCCGUUUUAAAGCUUUUAAAUUGAGGUUUGAAGUGUGAUUCAUUUUGCAGAGCAAUUUUUUUCAUAAUCUGUAGUUUACUUGUAUCGUUGAGAAAAAAAAGAUUGUGAUCUGAAGCAAAUUGCAGUUUAAUUCCCUAAAAAGGACGAAUGGUCAGUAAAAUAUAAGAUUAAUUUUACUCGAUCCGCGCAGAUUAGUGGGCGUGUCGUUAGAAUUGCCAUUCAUUCUGAACAACCGCAAAUUAACUACGAAAAAAACAUAUUUCUAAAGAAGUAAACAAAAAUUACUUUCGUAGCCAAUAUUCGAGAUUUCAGGGGACUUUUUCAAGACAGAGAAAUUGAUGCGUUAUAGCGAAGACGAAGAAGAACAUUUUUGCAGGUUUUCCAAGCACCUCCAACGAUCAAGUUCUCGAUAAAGGCUGGAGAUCCACUGCGCUACGGACAGAGUAUCGUCAGCGACGGAAUCUGAGGCCCUCGUCGACCUGUACAUUCAAGUUUUUGUGCAAUAAGUUGUGAUUAUACCUGUUAACCGUCAUACCUCGUUCUAAGGGAAAGUCGUACCAACUGGUACAUAGAAAAAUUUAAUUAUAAAUCUUUAGCGCACUUUAAUCUUUGUUAACUUCUUUUUUGAUAAUCCUGCGGGUGUGCAUUUCAAUCUGCAAUUAUGUCAUUUGGUUGCUGAAAAUUUUCUUCCGUUCGAUUCAAUUGUUUUUUUUUAUUACGGCCAAGUUUACGUGUCGUUGAUUGAUCAGAUUGCAUGCGAUUCAUUGCCAUUUUUUGAUAAACUUGAAGUCAGAACGGAAGUAUGGAGUUGUUGAUCUGAAGCAUCGCUUGUUCGUGAUUUUUUCCAGCUCUGACUUGCGCCAUCCGAGAGGUUCUGCCGAAGUAGUGAGACUCUAAAUCUAAGGUUUUAUCCGUCAAAAAGUUCAGUCAAAGCUUACUUUUUUCAGAAAGAGAACAAAGUUCAAAAAGCAUCGUUUCACGUUCUGCGAAUUCUAAAGAAAGGUCUUCUCUCCUUUCUUUGUGUUCUUCCAACUGAAAUUUUCAGGAAGAUAUGUGCCGAAAAUGGUUUGGGUUCAAGCAAAAACUUUCCUGAGUUCAGGAAAUUCAGCACACCUUUUUCUGCACAAAUUCAACGUUGAAUCUGCGAAUAGAACGGUUCUGCGAGAGUCUCUCGUUGAUUUCAUCGAGGAGCUCGACUCUCCGUCGGGGUUUUAUCACGACACAUUUGCGCAGAAAUUUCUCUUUUCUUUUUCUAAUCUGGAUCGACCGAAACUGCAACUUUUUUUCUUUGUUCCCGAUAAUUGAAACGAAAAGACUCACGAAUUUCUGAAUUAUAAACGCGGCAUCGUUGUGGCGGCAGUAAAAAAUCUGGUCUUGAAGCUGCUCCCGCUGGGUCUUCAGCAUCGCCGACGGUUUCUGUGCCUCGUCGAGCAGAAAUCGACAGACGUCUCUGGCCGGCAUGCUCACCAACUUUUCCAUCAUCUCCUGCUCGUAUUCCUGAGAAUCUUUCCAGAGACAAUUUUGCAGCUACCCGUUCAGUUCUUGACAGCUUUUGUACAUGUACAACUCUCGCCGAUAGAUUUUUGACGAACCUUUUCAGAUCGCAGUUUCUUGAGUUUUGCCAUAAGAGCUUCAUUGUGCAGAGAUAUUUGCGUCAAGCCAUCCCAAAGAGCGCUAAAAAAGAACUUUAAAAGGGACGAUGUUGUGAAGAAACAUUUCGCCAGCUUUUUCCAGCGCGCGUUCCUUCUUCUUCUGGCUCUCUUUCCACCAUCUCUGCAACUUCAAAGCAGACUGUUCCUCCUGUAACAAUUAUUAGAAGGAGAAAAGGAAAGGAACCAACCUUUGUGCUCAUGGAAACGCGCAACUGAACCCGCUCCGGUCAUCGUUGUCAUGGAGACGUUGACCCUAGGUGACGUCAUGAAAAGGGAUUUCACCGUUGAACCUAAUGGGCAGACAGAGGGAGCUAUCAGGACACUUUGAAAACGUUCAAAAUGCAAUCGCAGAAGUUCUUCGUUGUUUCAUAUAUAAUCGAAAUUAAAGAAACACAUUUUUUGGACGUUAUCAGAACCCAACGAGACGCCUCCGUGUUGACAAUUCGCGAGAAUGCGUUGAAUGAAAUCGAGCUGAGUCAGAGUCAGAUUUGUUUGCGAAGACGUCGGAGGGCCGUUCGCGAGAAGAGUACGAACAGUCCGCGCUGCAUGUCUUCUGAUUUGUCUUCAUGUCUUUCUUUUCUCGUCGUUUUGCCCGUCCUCGGUAAGCCUUCCCGGCUCCUCGAAGGAAGGAUCAGUUGCAGUGCAGUCGCAAUCCUACAACGACGUGAUAUGCCGUCGACCGUGGUACUUCAACAGUCCGCGGCCCGCCCCCAUGUCGGCUUUUAUAGUGCUCACAUCUCUGUUUCAGAAUCAGACCAUAAUACUUUGAGAAGUUUUCCGACUUUUAUGAGAAAAUUCUUCGUUUUUGAAAGAUUUCCGGAUGAACUUUUUUUUUGCUCGAGAAAAAUAAUAACAAGGAAGGUAAUUUUACUUUGUGGUUAAGAAUUUCUUGAAAAUUGGUGCUUGAUGUAUCAUAGGAAGAUCCUGAACGUCUCAACCAAAGGUCUUAAAGUCGAAGAAAGUCCUCAAAAUCCUUUGAAAUAGGCAAUCUUGAGGCUUUGAGCUCACAUUUCUCGAAAACUAGAAAGUUUUACAAGUUUAGACGCUUAGGAUCUUUCAAAAUCCCAGCAAGGAAAAUCUGGCCAAUAAUAGAGAAACUACCAACCGCAAAAUAAAAUGACCUCCCUUGAACAAAUAAUAAGUUCAAAACUGUAGAUCCUAGGGAUUUUUAGGCAAUACGAUUGUUCAGUAGUUCGGAAAGCCUAGGGAAUUUGGUACGAAUCGAAAUCAUUUUUUGAAGUCUCCUUAACCCUUUUUGUUGUUCAAUCAUUCAUUUUGUGAGAAUGUGGAAAGCUGCGCCGAAGAGAAAAUCUUUGAGUUAGUAUUCUUCGCAGUUUACCCAUUCAGAACUGAAAAUAAAUCGAAAGAAUACUAAACGCGAAAUUGCAGGCGUUGCCCCACGCCGUCGUUUUUCUUCUAUUACGAGUGUUGCGGCGAAUUCCUGGAAAAUUGCUGUUGGCGCGUCCGACCUGAACCAAUGUGAGCCGACAAACCAAAAACGGCUUGCAAGACUCGAGACCACAGAGGGUCUACUCUGUAGUUCAAGCUUUACUUUUUUUUUGCGAAUUCAGCAAUGAUCUGCACAAAAACCAAGGAAAAUUGCAAAAAAAUUUCAUAGCAAAAAAAUCUACUUUUUUUGGAAAAUCUUCUUUAUUGGGAAUUCAGCGAUGCUUACUUUUCGAGGCCUAAUUUUCAGAAUCAGAAAAGAUACAGAAAGAUUAAAGAGUGAGAAAAAUUGGUGAUUCAAUUGUUUCAGAUACGUGACUGUAGCGAUUGUGUUGGUUCUUUUGUUGCUGUGUAGCUGCUGCUGCGUCGUCGGCUUUCUUGUCAAAAACAGGAAGCGAAAGGGCGAGAAAAGGCUGGAGACGUCGAACCGGCAGACGGAGACGGAGAACGUCGUCUCCUUCGAAAGGAGCACUCAGAUGAGCGAAACCGAAGACCGGCGGCGAUCCUACGCGGCUGCACGGGACCGCGACAUCGACUACCAAUACUUCUGA